AUGGUGGGACGGUUCCCAGGGGAGCUGCAGCUGGCCAAUAGCACCUGCACCGCCUCAGUCCUCGAUGGGCGGGAAGGCUCAGCUGAGCUUGUCGCCAAUGAGCUGUCUCGACUGAGCGUCUCAGUAGCAGGCCUCACGGAAGUGCGCUGGCCUGGUUCCGGCACCCACGUAUCAAAUGACUACAGCUACCACUGGUCUGGCAGGGACGACGGCCAGCACCGCCAAGGAGUUGCUCUCGCCCUAGCGCCAGAUGCCUCUCGAGCAUUAGUCUACUGGAAACCAGUGAACAAUAGACUGCUUCUCGCCCGUCUACGCCACAGCCACGGUAGAAUCACCAUCAUUGUAGCCUAUGCACCGACCAACAUGGCAGCAGAUGAGGAAAAAGACGAGUUUUUCACCCAGCUGUCAUCACUCACGGCUGACAUCUCCAGGCAUGACAUAGUUUGGAUCCUUGGCGACCUCAGACGGGUCAGACAGAUCUGGGUUUGA